AUGGAGGAGCCUCAACAUAAGGCUGCAGCCCAGGAGUCUGCACCUUGCGGCAGGACGCCUUGCAGCACGGAGCACGGGCUGGAGCCCUAUGUUCACCUGCUCCCAGACUCCACAUACCAGGCACUUGCAAUGCUGGAAAAGCUAUGGGUCCUGUGCAGAAAUACGGGAGUUGUCAGCACUCUGCCAGGUUUUUUUAUUUCCCGGAAAUUGCUAACCAACGUGAAUAAACAGCUGAACAAAGAGCAUCGGCCCGUCCUUGCUAACAGCAAAGAGCUGUCAUCAAGCGAAGGGCCUUCGCAAUGUAUGGAGGAAAAUGAUGCGGUAUUUUGUGACGCUAAUCAAGUUGUACAAGCCACAGACGUGCUGGACUGGGAAGACAAGGAUGCUGCAGAGACAUUGGUCGACAACGUGGUCCAUUCCAGGAUCAUCAAUCCUUUACGCCUGUUUGUUAAGCCGUCUCCAGUACUGAAACACGGCCAGGUGUCCUACUCGGACAGCUUAGAAAACUUUUGGGAUUGGUUGUCCAACAUCACGGAGGUUCAGGAAUCUCUCGCACGAACUAAACGCAGGCCUAUAGUAAAAACUGGGAAAUUCAAGAAAAUGUUUGGAUGGGGCGACUUCCACUCUAACAUCAAAACUGUUAAGCUGAACCUCCUGAUCACAGGGAAAAUCGUCGAUCACGGCAAUGGGACCUUCAGUGUUUAUUUCCGACAUAACUCCACAGGUCUGGGAAAUGUUUCUGUAAGCCUGGUGCCACCUUCCAAGGUGGUUGAGUUUGAAUCAUCUCCACAGUCAACACUGGAGACCAAGGAAUCCAAGUCCUUCAAUUGCCGAAUUGAGUACGAGAAAACAGACCGUGCUAAAAAAACUGCCUUGUGCAAUUUCGACCCUUCAAAGAUCUGCUACCAAGAGCAGACUCAAAGCCAUGUCUCCUGGUUGUGUUCCAAACCAUUUAAAGUUAUCUGCAUUUACAUCGCUUUUUACAGCGUAGAUUACAAACUGGUGCAAAAGGUCUGUCCUGAUUAUAACUACCAUAGUGAGACCCCGUACUUGUCCUCUGGCUGA